AUGAAUUUUGUUACCAUAUGCACUUCAUAUAUCUAUUGUCUUCUUCUCCUUUUUUUUCAUGCUUUUCUUUCUUUUCACGUUGUUUUUUUUUUAAUGAAAUUUAUCUUUUUCUACGUAUUUUGUUUUUCAACAGUUCUUUCCUUUCUUCCUCCCCCCCCCACUACUACGUUGUGUUUCCUAUUUUCGUUCCUGUUUUUUCCAACACUUUCCAACAGUUUGUUUUUUUUUUCUUUUUUUUCUUCUUUUCCUUCUUCUUUCCUUUCUUCCUCCCCCCACUACUACGUUUCAUUUUCGUUCCUGUUAAAAUUAUUUCUUUCCAACAGUUUUUUUUUUUUUUUUUUCUUCUCCAAUUCCACAUUGUUUCCUUCUUCUUUCCUUUCUUCCUCCCCCCACUACUACGUUGUGUUUCCUAUUUUCGUUCCUGUUAAAAUUUUUUCUUUCCAACAGUUUGUUUUUUUCUUCUUUUUUUUUUUUCCAAUUCACAUUGUUUCCUUCUUCUUUCCUUUCUUUCCCCCCACUACUACGUUGUGUUUCCUAUUUUCCCUUCUUUCCUUUCUUUGUUUCCCUUUAUUUUCGGUUAAAAUUGCUUUCCAACAGUUUGUUUUUUUUCUUUUUUUCUUCUCAAUUCCACAUUGUUUCCUUCUUCUUUUCUUUUUUCCUCCCCCCCACUACUACGUUGUGUUUCCUAUUUUCGUUCUUGUUAAAAUUAUUAGCUUUCCAACAGUUUGUUUUUUUUUCUUCUUUUUCUUCUCCAAAAUUUCCCUUCUUCUUUCCUUUCUCCCCCCACUACUACGUUGUGUUUCUAUUUUCGUUCCUGUUAAAAUUAUUAGCUUUCCAACAGUUUGUUUUUUUUUUUUUUCUUCUCCAAUUCCACAUUGUUUUUUCUUCUUUUUUCCCACUUACUACGUUGUGUUUCCUAUUUUCGUUCCUGUUAAAAUUAUUAGCUUUCCAACAGUUUGUUUUUUUUCCUUCUUUUUCUCCAAUUCCACAUUGUUUCCUUCUUCUUUCCUUUUCUUCCUCCCCCCACUACUACCUUUCCAACAGUUUGUUUUUUUUUUCUUUUUUCUUCUCCAAUUCCACAUUGUUUCCUUCUUCUUUCCCUUUCUUCCUCCCCCCACUACUACGUUAAGCUUUGUGUUUCCUAUUUUCGUUCCUGUUAAAAUUAUUAGCUUUUUCCAACAGUUUGUUUUUUUUUUUUUUCUUUCUCCAAUUCCACAUUGUUUUUUCCUUUUUUCUUUCAAUUCCAUUUUCUUUCCCCCCCAACUACUUUUUUCGUUCCCUGUUAAAAUUUUAGCUUUCCAACAGUUUGUUUUUUUUUUUUUCUUUUUUCCAAUUCCACAUUGUUUCCUUCUUCUUCCUUUCUUCCUUUACGUUGUGUUUCCUAUUUUUCUGUUAAAAUUAUUAGCUUCCUCCCUUUCCAACAGUUUGUUUUUUUUUUCUGAUUUUUUCUUCUCCAAUUCCACAUUGUUUUUUCCUUCUUCUUUCCUUUCUUCCUCCCCCCACUACUACGUUGUGUUUCCUAUUUUCGUUUUUAAAAUUAUUAGCUUUCAACACUUUCCAACAGUUUGUUUUUUUUCUUCUUUUUCUUCUCAAUUCCCACAUUGUUUCCUUCUUCUUUCCUUUCUUCCCCCCCCUACUGUUGUUGUGUUUCCUAUUUUCGUUCCUGUUAAAAUUAUUAGCUUUCCAACAGUUUGUUUUUUUUCUUUCUUCCUCCCACAUUGUUUCCUAUUUUCUUCCUUUUUCUUUCUCUUCUUUUUUCCCCACUACUACGUUCUUGUUUCCUAUUUUUCGUUCCUGUUAAAAUUAUUAGCUUUCCAACAGUUUGUUUUUUUUUUCUUUUUUUCUUCUCCAAUUCCACAUUGUUUCCUUCUUCUUUCCUUUCUUCCUCCCCCCACUACUACGUUGUUUUGUUUUUUUCUUUCUUUUUUCUUCUCCAAUUCCACAUUGUUUUUCUUUUUCUUCUUUCCUUUCUUCCUCCUAAUUUUCGUUGUGUUUCCCUAUUUUCGUUCUGUUAAAAUUAUUCUUUCAACAGUUUUUUUUUUUUCUUUCCACAUUUUUUUCCUUCUUCUUUUCCUUUCUUCCCACUACUACGUUGUGUUUCCUAUUUUCGUUCCUGUUAAAAUUAUUAGCUUUCCAACAGUUUGUUUUUUUUUCUUUUUUCUUCCAAUUCCACAUUCCAGUUUCCUAUUUUCGUUCCCUGUUAAAAUUAUUAGCUUUCCAACAGUUUGUUUUUUUCUUCUUUUUUCCUCCAAUUAUUGUUUCCUUCUUCUUUUUUCUUUUUCUAUUUUCGUUCCUGUUAAAUUAUUAGCUUUCCAACAGUUUGUUUGUUUCCUUCUUCUUUCCCUUUUUUCUUCUUUUUUCUAUUUUCUCCAAGCUUUCCACAUUGUUUCCUUCUUCUUUCCUUUCUUCCUCCCCCCUACUACGUUGUGUUUCCUAUUUUCGUUCCUGUUAAAAUUAUUAGCUUUCCAACAGUUUGUUUUUUUCUUCUUUUUUCUUUUCAAUUUCAUUGUUUCCUUCAUUGUUUCCCCCACUUCUUGUGUUUUUUUAUUAGCUUUCCUCAAUUCCACAUUGUUUCUUCUUCGUUCCCCUUUACCUAUUUCUGUUCCUGUUAAAAUUAUUUUUUGUUUUUUAUUUUCGUUCCUGUUAAAAUCUCCAAUUCCACAUUGUUUCCUUCUUCUUUCCUUUCUUUCUAACAGUUUCCUAUUUUGUUUUUUUUUCUUUCCAACUUUUUUUCUUUCCAAUUCCAUUUGUUUCCCUUCUUUUCUUUCUUCCUCCCCCCCCACUAUUACGUUGUUUUCCUACAUUCCUGUUAAAAUUUCUUUCAACAGUUUGUUUUUUUUCUUUUCUUCUCAAUUACAUUGUUUCCUUCUUCUUUCCUUUCUUCCUCCCCCCUACUACGUUGUGUUUCCCUAUUUUCCUUUCCAACAUUUGUUUUUUUUCUUCUUCUUUCUUCUUUCCUUUCUUCCUCCCCCCACUACCCCCAUUAAAUUUAUUAGCUUUCCAACUACUUGUUUCCGUUUUUUUCUUCUUUUACUCAAUUCCAUUUGUUUUUUCCUACGUUGUUUUUCGUUCCUGUUAAAAUUAUUAGCUUUCAACAGUUUGUUUUUUUUUUUUCUUCUCAAUUCCACAUUGUUUUUUUUUUCUUCCUCCCUUAAUUACACGUUGUGUUUCUAUUUUCGUUCCCAACAGUUUGUUUUUUCUUUCCAAUUCUUUCCUUUCUUCUUCCCCCCCCACUACUACGUUGUUUUGUUUUUUUUUCUUCUUUUUUCUUCUUUCCAUUUGUUUUCUUCUUUCCUUUCUUCCUCCCCCCACUACUACGUUGUGUUUCCUAUUUUCGUUCCUGUUAAAAUUAUUAGCUUUCCAACAGUUUGUUUUUUCUUCUUUUUUCUUCUCCAAUUCCACAUUUUUUCCUUCUUCUUUCUUUCUUCCCCCCACUACUUUCCUGUUAAAAUUAUUAGCUUUUUUGUUUUUUUUCUUCUUUUUCUUCUCCAAAAUUGUUUCCUUCUUCUUUCCUUUCUUUAUUACGUUGUGUUUCCUAUUUUCGUUCUGUUAAAAUUAACAGUUUGUUUUUUUUUCUUUUUUUCUUCCAAUUCCACAUUGUUUCCUUCUUCUUUCCUUUCUUCCUCCCCCAAUUACUACUACGUUGUGUUUCCUAUUUUCGUUCCUGUUAAAAUUAUUAGCUUUCCAACAGUUUGUUUUUUUCUUCUUUUUUUUUUUCAUUGUUUUCUUUUUUUCUUUUCUCCAACAUUGUUUCCUAUUUUCAUUGUUUCCUUCUUCUUUCAAUACUUUCAACAGUUUGUUUUUUUUUCUUCUUUUUCUUCUCAAUUCCACAUUGUUUCCUUUUCUUUCUUCCCCCACUACUACGUUGUGUUUCCUAUUUUCGUUCCUGUUAGCUUUCCAACAGUUUGUUUUUUUUUCUUCUUUUUCUUCUCCAAUUCUCCUCCCCCAACAGUUUGUUUUUUUUCCUGUUUUUCUUUCCAACAGUUUUUUUUUUUUUUUUCUUUUUCUUCUCCAAUUCCACAUUGUUUCCUUCUUCUUUCCUUUCUUCCUCCCCCCCCCACUACUACGUUGUGUUUCCUAUUUUCGUUCCUGUUAAAAUUAUUAGCUUUCCAACAGUUUGUUUUUUUUUCUUCUUUUUUCUUCUCCAAUUCCACAUUGUUUCCUUCUUCUUUUCCUUUCUUCCUCCCCCCCCAACUACGUUGUGUUUCCUAUUUUCGUUCCAUUUGUUUUUUCUUCUUUUUUUGUUUCCUUCUUCUUUUCUUCCUCCCCCCUACUACGUUGUCUUUCCAACAGUUUGUUUUUUUCUUCUUUUUUCUUCUCCAAUUCCACAUUGUUUCCUUCUUCUUUCCUUUCUUCCCCCCCACUACUACGUUGUGUUUCCUAUUUUCGUUCCUGUUAAAAUUAUUAGCUUUCCAACAGUUUGUUUUUUUUCUUCUUUUUUUCUUCUCCAAUUCCACAUUGUUUCUACGUUUUGUGUUUCCAUUUUUUUUCCUUUUUUCUUUAAAAUUAUUUUCUUUCUACGUUGUGUUUGUUUUUCUUCUUUUUUCUUCCAAUUCACAUUGUUUCCCUUCUUCUUUCCUUUCUUCCCCCCCCCACUACUACGUUGUGUUUUAUUUUCGUUCCUUUUUCUUCCAACAGUUUGUUUUUUUCUUCUUUUUUCUUCUCCAAUUCCACAUUGUUUCCUUCUUCUUUCCUUUCUUCCUCCCCCCCCCCACUACUACGUUGUGUUUCCUAUUUUCGUUCCUGUUAAAAUUAUUAGCUUUCCAACAGUUUGUUUUUUUUUCUUUUUCUUCUCCAAUUCAUUGUUUCCUUCUUCUUUUCUUUCUUCCCCCCCACUACUACGUUGUGUUUCCUAUUUUCGUUCCUGUUAAAAUUAUUAGCUUUCCAACAGUUUUUUUUUUUUUUCUUUUUUUUUCUUUUUUUUCCUUCUUCUUUUUUCUUCCUCCCCCCCAAUACGUUGUGUUUCCACAUUGCUUUUCCAACAGUUUGUUUUUUUCUUCCUUUCCAAUUCUUCCUUUCUUCUUUCCUUCCUCCCCCCCCCACUACUACGUUUGUUUUUUCUUUUUUUUUUUUUUUCUUUCCUUCUUAAAAAUUAUUAGCUUUCCAACAGUUUGUUUUUUCCUAUUAAAAUUAUUAGCUUUCCAACAGUUUGUUUUUCUUUUUUCUUCUCCAAUUGUUUUCCUUCUUCUUUCCUUUCUUCCUCCCCCCACUACUACGUUGUGUUUCCUAUUUUCGUUCCUGUUAAAAUUAUUAGCUUUCCAACAGUUUGUUUUUUUUUUUCUUUUUCUUCUCCAAUUCCACAUUGUUUUCCCUUCUUCUUUCCUUUUUUCCUACAUUGUGUUUCCUAUUUUCGUUCCUGUUAAAAUUAUUAGCUUUCCAACAGUUUGUUUUUUUUCUUUUUUUCUUCUCCAAUUCACAUUGUUUCCUUCUUCUUUCCUUUUUCCUCCCCCCCCUACAGUUUGUUUUUUUUCGUUCCUGUUUUUUUUCUUUCCAACAGUUUGUUUUUUUUUUUUCUUUUUUCGUUGUGUAAUUUUCGUUCCUGUUAAAAUUAUUAAUUCCACAUUGUUUUUUUUUUCCUUCUUUCCCUUCCCCCCCACUACUACGUUGUGUUUCCUAUUUUCGUUCCUGUUAAAAUUAUUAGCUUUCCAACAGUUUGUUUUUUCUUUCCAACAGUUUUUUUUUUUUUUUUUUCUUCUCAAUUUUUUUUUCUUCCUUCAAUUUCUUUCCUUUCCUUUCUUCCUCCCCCCCCUACUGUUGUGUUUCCUAUUUUCGUUCCCCAAAAGUUUGUUUUUUUCUUUUUUACUUCUCCAACGUUUGUUUUUUUUCUUUCUUUUCUUUUCCAAUUCCCAACAGUUUGUUUUUUUUUCUUUUUGUUUCCACAUUGUUUCUUUCCUUUCUUCCUCCCCCCCACUACUACGUUGUCUUUCCAACAGUUUUUGUUUUUUUUUUUUUUCUUUCCAAUUCCACCUUCUUCUUUCCUUUCUUCCUCCCCCCCCCCACUACUACGUUGUGUUUCCUAUUUUCGUUCCUGUUAAAAUUAUUAGCUUUCCAACAGUUUGUUUUUUUCUUCAUUGUUUCCUUCUUUCCACAUUGUUUCCUUCUUCUUUCCUUUCUUCCUCCCCCAUUGUUUCCUUCUACUUUUUUUUCCUAUUUUCGUUCCUGUUAAAAUUAUUAGCUUUCCAACAGUUUUUUUUUUCUUCUUUUUUUCUUCUCCAAUUCCACAUUGUUUCCUUCUUCUUUCCUUUCUUCCCCCCCCCACUACUACGUUGUCUUUCCAACAGUUUUUUUUUUCUUUUUUUCUUCUCCAAUUCCACAUUGUUUCCUUCUUCUUUCCUUUUUUCCCCCCCCCACUACUACGUUGUUUUCCUAUUUUCGUUCAGUUUGUUUUUUUUUCUUUUUUUAGCUUUCCAAACAUUUUCCUUUUCUUCUCCCGUUCCUUUUUUCCUUUCCCCCCACUACUACGUUGUGUUUCCUAUUUUCGUUCCAAUUAUUAGCUUUCCAACAUUGUUUUUUUCUUUUCUUCUCCAAUUCCCAUUGUUUCCUUCUUCUUUCCCCUUUCCACUACUACGUUGUGUUUCCUAUUUUCCUUUCCAACAGUUUUUUUUUUUUUCUUCUUUUUCUUCUCCAAUUCCACAUUGUUUCCUUCUUCUUUUUUCCUUUUUCCUUACUACGUUGUGUUUCCUAUUUUCGUUCCUGUUAAAAUUAUUAGCUUUCCAACAGUUUGUUUUUUUCUUCUUUUUCUUCUCAAUUCCACAUUGUUUCCUUCUUCUUUCCUUUCUUCCUCCCCCCACUACUACGUUGUGUUUCCUAUUUUCGUUCCUGUUAAAAUUAUUAGCUUUCCAACAGUUUGUUUUUUUUCUUCUUUUUCUUCUCAAUUCCACAUUGUUUCUUUUCUUUCCUUUCUUCCUCCCCCCCACUACUACGUUGUGUUUCCUAUUUUCUUUCUUCUUCUUCUUCUUCUUCUUCUUCUUCUUCUUCUUCUUCUUCUUCUUCUUCUUUUCCUCUUUUUGUUACUAA